AUGGCUCAACAAGACAUGGUUGCUUUCUGGCAAGAUCAUCCUUCAAUCACAUACCGACUACUUAGAAUCAUCAAGAAAUCAAAAGCUUAUCGUAAAGCGCUCUUUCCGAAACCUCAUCAACGUCAACCUAAUGCGGACGUAGGACCGAUUCUUGAGGAAAUUUGCCUUAAGCUCUUCGAAAAGAACCAAGAAUGGGAACGAUAUUGCUUGGAGAUGGGCUGGAAUAGACGAGCUAGAGAUCAGAACUGGGCAAUGAGCGGAAGUGGGAAAGAGAAUAGACAUCUUCAAUUUACGCUGAUCGUUGAUUUCUUCAAGCAUCGUCUCGACGAGAAUUGGUACGGUCAUAAAUAUGGUAUUAAUCCGUCUUGGACGACUUUUAAGGACAUACCUGACAGAGAGAGUAGAAGAUCUUUCAGACGAUUAUACCCAUACUACUUCCUUCUUCUUGAUCUCUGCAAGCGUAAUGAUGCUUCGCCUCCUUCGCUCAACGGUCCAGCUCCAGAAGACGUCUCCAAUGGGGAUGUGGAGAUGAACGAAGACAACGAUGCUCAAGAUGAUCAGUCAAGCGAUAGAGAGAACGAUACAGACAAUCAAGACAGCUCUGAUUCAGACAAGUCCCAUGAGACUACAAUCCAUCAACCCUCCAAGCCCAAAUCAGGCAAGACUGUAUACAAAGAUCGACUUAUCCACACUAAAAGCCUCAUCAAACGAAACAGGCAAGAGCUACUUGCCACUUUUAUUGGAGCGAAGAAUAUCUCCAAAAGAUAUCGCGACUGCCUGGUAGAUCGUCAUGUGCAAAAGAGAUUGAAUUUCAGUCCACAGCAAUUCUUGAGUAGAUUCAAAUUGGAAUGUGGUAUAGCGGGAUUUAUCAAAUGUCCCAAACAAAGUCGAAAAGGCCAACCUCUGCGAGGAAUUGACAUCCUCGUCCCUGCCAAUUACAGACAAGAUAGUGUGGCGGCGGAUAUCGUUACCAUCCUCAAAUCUGGCGGAGUUAUCAUCUGCACCGAUCCUUCAGCUUUCGUGGUCAAUCAUCAACGUGAACAGUACUCUUUGAUUCAAGUCAGAUGUGAAGCUUACAGCGGUCAUGCCAACAAUCCUCUUGGCUUGCCUCCCAUCACACUGGAAGUAUGUCUCAGAAAGAUACUUGACGGAUAUCAUAUCAACACUUCGCCCCGUGUAGAAUUAGAGGAAGCUUUGGAACAAGCUGUGAUCGACUCUCAACAUAGAUCUACAGUUGGAACCGGUAUCGGAAUUCGUAUUGCCCCUGAAGUUCCUAGAGCGGUCAGAAAUCAAUUAGAAUAUAUCAUCAGACGAGAAAACUUUACGCAAUAUAAUAAGCAGAAACGUUUGCUCGAACAUCCAAAAGGCCAAGGUAGAAUUCUCGUAUCCAUCAAAGCGAACUAG